GCAACCGAGCGCCAAGCAACAGAUUCGUUUGUUCUUUUUUUGCUUUCGCACAUUCAGUGGAAAACUGAUCCCGAUGAAACGCACCAAAGACGAGGAAAUUGCCUCAGUGCCGGCCCAUUCCACGGGCCAACAAUCCAGUGCCGGAAACAACGGCACCGACGCCUCCACACCGAUUGCCGGUGUGGUGGCCACCACUGGUCCGGUUGCAUCCACUUCGAUGGCGUCGACAGCAGCAGCCGCCGCUGUUCGCACAACAGGACGCGUUAAGAAACCGAAACAAGUCUAUGAUCCGUCAGACAAUUAUGUCUCGCGGAACCGAAGCUCUCUGGCCGCUGCUGGAACUUCUUCGGUACCAACCAUACCCACAACCAUAGUCACAUCGCAGCCCAAUGUGCAGGCUAGCAAAGAUUCCAGUGACGGAGAUUCAAAUACCAGCCUGACUGGAGCUUCAGAGCAGCAAAAACAGACGGCCAUACAGCCGCCAUUAUCGCCACUGCUGGUGCCGUUGAUGCCGUUGACGGCCCAUCUACAUCCUCAGCCGUCGGCCAAGUCGCAGCCAUCGGCGGCGUCGGGAAAUCGCAGCUUCGACACGUGCCAGAAGUGCACCCAAAGCGAGCCAAAGCGUGGCUCCGGACACAAGAGUAACUUCCUCACAUGCAAGAGUUGCUCCAUGAAAUGGCACUUUCCCUGCCUGCCUGUGGUCUUCACCAAUCUGACCACCGCCCGCAAGAAGUUCAAGUGCGAGAAGUGCCGCCACUGCCAGUUGUGCGGCCAAAAGGACCAGAAUUUGAUCAUUUGCAGCGUCUGUGUGGACGCCAUUCAUCCCGAUUGUCACGAUCCGCCGCUAGAGAACCUCAACAUGGAUGAGAUGGAUCCGAAUUGGAAGUGUUCCCGCUGCCAGGCUGGCUCGUCCGAGCGCCCGGCUUCAGUAUCAAAGAAGUCCAAUGCCGGACGCAAGAAGCGUGUAUCAUCCGAGCCCACCAAGGGCAGCAAGACUGAAAAGAUGGCCAAGCUGGAGCCAAAGAACGAUGAGUCGGGAAAAGAAGAGCCUCCAAAGAAGGAGAAAUCGAAGAAAAAGGAGUCCAGGGUUGACACUUGGAUGAGGAAUUUAGAUAUGGAUAUAAAUGAACUAAAUUCGAAAGAAUCAAAAGAAAAGGCCAGGGAUGAGGAACUUCCCAUGAUUGAAAAGAUUAAGAACGAGGAAUCUAAGAAAGAAAACGAGGAGCCUCGAAAUGAAAAUCCUCCAGAUGAGCAGCCCAAGGAGAACACUGCCGUGGAAGAGCAGAAGGAGAAACCUGCCGAGAAGGAGGAGGAGGAGCAGGACAAGGAGGCUGAACAGCCAGAACAGGCCAGUCCUGAAAAUAACGAAAUAGAAAUCAAGCAGGAGUUCAUGUCAUCCGGAGAGGAUGACGAAGAUUCAGAUGAGCCCCACGACGAAGACGAGGACAGGAACAUGGACCUGCUGCUGGAGCAGCUCCUUGACCAACAACAACAUCAGAAUGAUGAUCAGGCUGCUGACCAGGCCCAGCCCCUGCUCGAGUUCUCAGACGAUGGCGCCGAGCCCGCCAUUGAAUUCCCAGACGAUGGUCCCGAGCCCACCAUCGAAUUCCCGGAAGUUAAGACCCCGGUACGCAACCAAGAACCACCGAAUGUUCGCUCAUCAACACCGUUGGCUCCAGUUCCGUCUAAUCCGCUGGCAUUGGUGCGACCAACUCUGUAUAAUCCGCCGACUUUGUUGGGCGAUAUGCGCAACAUACCGGUUUCUGCAUGGACCGUGGAUCAGGUGGUUAGCUAUGUGGGCCGUCACUAUCCGCAGGAGGCAGAUGCCUUUCGCUGUCAGGACAUUGAUGGCGCCUCGCUGCUCCUACUGAACCGAGCCGAUGUACUCCACGGAUUUGGACUGAAGCUAGGACGGGCGCUGCGCGUCUUUGAAUUGGUCCUGACCCUGCAGAACGGCAGCGAGGAUGUGCGUCUAAGCUGGCACGACUAGAAUUACCAGUGCCGGUCGCCCUAAUUCGGAUCCCUCCAUUGCUAGCAAUUAAUUUAGAAGUAAUUUUUUGUUUUUUUUUUUGUUUUUUCGAAUCCAAAUACUCUAAACUCGCGAAAAUGACGAAUGCUUAUAUUAAGUUAUUGAAAUGUCUUUAUUUUUUUUUUAUUUUUUAUUAAUCAUUUAACCAAACCCACAAGGGAGAAACACAUGAAGUCUUUAAACAUUUAAAUGUUUUUGAAAUAUUUUAAUUUGUUAAUUUUAAUUCCAAAAAAAAAAAAAAAGAAAAACAACG